UUUCUUUUUUUUCUUAAUGAAAAAUUUGCAGCCAAAUAAUGUACUAGAUGGAUGAUGAUUGAGGGAAGGCGAGAGGAAAGUAUGGUGAAAUAACCAACUGCCGACGGUACUCACAGCCAGUCAACGAUAAGUAGCCACCACCGCCGCCACCAUCCUCCGCCUCUCUCCCCCGUCGGCAAAUUCCCCCAUCCCAGACAAUGGAUUCCUCCCCACUGAAUCGCCUCCCUCAAGACACUUUCCACCAGAUCUUCGCCCAGCUACCCCUUCGCGACAUCUUCAUUUCCCGAUGUGUCUGCAAAUCCUUCAACGCGUCACUCUCUUCUCCGGCUUUCCUCCACCUCAUCACCGCCGAUCAGCCGCCUCUCUCCCUCCUCGCCCUCCGCCCCUCCCACCGACACUCUCACUGCGCCGCCGCCGCCGGCGGAUCCUCCUCCCCUUCUCUCAACGUAUUCGACACCUCCCUCAACUACUGGUUCCGUUUCCCCCUCUCCUUCCUCCCCUUCCGUUCUCACUACCCCAUUACUUCCUCCCNCACCCGCGAUUUCAGUGUCCUCCCUCAGCUCGGCUCCGCUUGGUGCCGCCAUGGCUCAGUCCUCGUCGGCUCCCCCAGUCAAGUCCUCGUGCUCACCGAGCUAGCUGCAAUCUACUACAGUCCCAAAUCAUCUCCUGAGAACUGGCAGAUAUUUUCCUCAAACUUGCCCUCAAAACCGCGUAGCCCGGUGUUGAUCUCCGACACAAUCCUCGCUCUCUGCGAUGUCGGAUCUCCAUGGCGAGCCCAGUGGAAGCUCUUCAAGUCAACAAUCAAGGAUUUGCAGAUGACCCAGCAAUGGACUCGCCUGGAGAAGCAAGAAUGGGGGGACAUUUUCGACAUCCUGAAACGGCCCAGAUUGUUAGUGGGUGAGAACAAUAAGUUGUUGAUGAUUGGGGGGUUGAAGAUCUCUUACUCAUUGCACAAUUCUUGUUCCACCAUUUUGAUUCUGAGGUUGGAUCUGGAGAGCCUGGAAUGGGAGGAGGCAGGGAGAAUGCCGGCUGAGAUGUUUAAGCAUUUCCCAGAUUCAACCAAGUUCAAGGUGUUUGGUGGAGGGAGCAGAGCUUGUUUCUCAGGGAAGAGGGUUGGAAGAUUAGCUCUUUGGGAGGAGCGAGAGAAUGGAGAUGCAGAUUGGCGUUGGGUCAGUGGAGUUCCUGGCAAUGGUGAUGGACUUUACAGAGGUUUCAUGUUCCAAGCUCGGCUUACUGCUUCACCAUAGAAUCCACAUGGAAGAAGAAGAAGAAGAAGAAGAAUAUGUGUGAUGGUAAUGUUACUUAUUUACGUUCCACUUCGUUCAUUUGAAUUAGUACCGAAAUAUUGGUUUUCAGACUUAUAAAACCAAUUGUUGUUGUAUGAUUAUCAACUAUAAAGUAUCUGUUUUCAUUCAUUUGAACAUAAGUCCAAAUGACAAUAGAUGAUUUAUUACAUUGUCUGUUACUACAACUGUGUAAUUUUUUUGUUUAUAAUCAGAAACACCAUUGUAAUCUGCUUGAAUUGCUUUUCUUGCGUGCUCGAUCUCUGCAACCCUUGAGCGUAGUUUUAGUUAUGAUCAGAACCAUCAUCUCAGGCUCUCAGCUCAUUAUUCUGUCUCCGUUCAAAUUGAUCCUUUGAUCAGCUUUUUUCCUGGAGUUUUCAUGUUCCGUGCUCUUCAUACCUUCUUCUUCUUCCUCAGCAUAUGAAGCUUUAUCUUGAGUCUUGACAGAAACAAUAAGGCUAGGAGAAUAUA